UCUGUGACUGCUGUUGACUGGGUUGUUGUGGUGGUGAUAGGUUUUCCUGUUGUCGCUGAAGUAGUAGUCUUUUCUGUGGGUGCUGUGGUGGAUUUUUCUGUGAUUGUGGUUGUAGUAGUGGGACUUUCUGUCACUGUUGGUUUUUCAGUAGUUGUGGGAGCUUUGGUACUGGGCUUUUCUGUGGCUGCUGUUCCUUUGGUUGUUGUUGAUGAAGUUGUAACAGUGGUUGAAGACUUACACAUAUUGAUGCAACAUUUGACUCGUAUUUCAUAGUCAAAACAAGUAAAAGGUACACUUUGAUCUUUGUUAUGACAGAUCAGUCCAUCUACUGGAUUGCAUGUUACUUUCUGAUCUAGUUCAUUCAAAGGUACGUCUUUGUAUUGUGUUGCUCUACAUUCUAUUUCCAAUGGUCUACUGCAAGUAUUUAGAUCUGGAUCGGUAAUUUUGUCUAAGGUUUCAUACUCUCCACCAUCUGGGUUAGUGUCAGGGUAACCAUUACUUGUCCAGUCUGACCACUUACAAACAAAGCAAUUAGUGGAUGUUGUGCUGGGUUUUGUUGUGGUUAAUAUGACAGUGGAAGGCUUUUCUGUGGUUGCUGUUGAUUUGGGAGUUGUGGUGAUGGGUUUUUCUGUUGUUGCUGAAGUAGUAGUCUUUUCUGUGGCUGCUGUUGAUUGUGUUUUUGUGGUGGUGAUAGGUUUUCCUGUUGUCGCUGAAGUAGUAGUCUUUUCUGUGGGUGCUGUGGUGGAUUUUUCUGUGAUUGUGGUUGUAGUAGUGGGACUUUCUGUCACUGUUGGUUUUUCAGUAGUUGUGGGAGCUUUGGUACUGGGCUUUUCUGUGGCUGCUGUUGACUGGGUUGUUGUGGUGGUGAUAGGUUUUCCUGUUGUCGCUGAAGUAGUAGUCUUUUCUGUGGGUGCUGUGGUGGAUUUUUCUGUGAUUGUGGUUGUAGUAGUGGGACUUUCUGUCACUGUUGGUUUUUCAGUGGUUGUGGGGGAUUUGGUACUGGGCUUUUCUGUGACUGCUGUUGACUGGGUUGUUGUGGUGGUGAUAGGUUUUCCUGUUGUCGCUGAAGUAGUAGUCUUUUCUGUGGGUGCUGUGGUGGAUUUUUCUGUGAUUGUGGUUGUAGUAGUGGGACUUUCUGUCACUGUUGGUUUUUCAGUAGUUGUGGGAGCUUUGGUACUGGGCUUUUCUGUGGCUGCUGUUCCUUUGGUUGUUGUUGAUGAAGUUGUAACAGUGGUUGAAGACUUACACAUAUUGAUGCAACAUUUGACUCGUAUUUCAUAGUCAAAACAAGUAAAAGGUACACUUUGAUCUUUGUUAUGACAGAUCAGUCCAUCUACUGGAUUGCAUGUUACUUUCUGAUCUAGUUCAUUCAAAGGUACGUCUUUGUAUUGUGUUGCUCUACAUUCUAUUUCCAAUGGUCUACUGCAAGUAUUUAGAUCUGGAUCGGUAAUUUUGUCUAAGGUUUCAUACUCUCCACCAUCUGGGUUAGUGUCAGGGUAACCAUUACUUGUCCAGUCUGACCACUUACAAACAAAGCAAUUAGUGGAUGUUGUGCUGGGUUUUGUUGUGGUUAAUAUGACAGUGGAAGGCUUUUCUGUGGUUGCUGUUGAUUUGGGAGUUGUGGUGAUGGGUUUUUCUGUUGUUGCUGAAGUAGUAGUCUUUUCUGUGGCUGCUGUUGAUUGUGUUUUUGUGGUGGUGAUAGGUUUUCCUGUUGUCGCUGAAGUAGUAGUCUUUUCUGUGGGUGCUGUGGUGGAUUUUUCUGUGAUUGUGGUUGUAGUAGUGGGACUUUCUGUCACUGUUGGUUUUUCAGUAGUUGUGGGAGCUUUGGUACUGGGCUUUUCUGUGGCUGCUGUUGACUGGGUUGUUGUGGUGGUGAUAGGUUUUCCUGUUGUCGCUGAAGUAGUAGUCUUUUCUGUGGGUGCUGUGGUGGAUUUUUCUGUGAUUGUGGUUGUAGUAGUGGGACUUUCUGUCACUGUUGGUUUUUCAGUGGUUGUGGGGGAUUUGGUACUGGGCUUUUCUGUGACUGCUGUUGACUGGGUUGUUGUGGUGGUGAUAGGUUUUCCUGUUGUCGCUGAAGUAGUAGUCUUUUCUGUGGGUGCUGUGGUGGAUUUUUCUGUGAUUGUGGUUGUAGUAGUGGGACUUUCUGUCACUGUUGGUUUUUCAGUAGUUGUGGGAGCUUUGGUACUGGGCUUUUCUGUGACUACUGGGGUGUUUUUUUCUGUGGCUGUUGUUGAUUCGGAUGCUGUAGUGACGGGUUUUGUUGUGAUUUUGGUUGUAGUGGUGGGUUUUCCUGUGGUUGUUGUUGUACUCUUGACCACAGGUUUUGUUAAUUCCACUGUUGUAACCGUUGUAUAUGUAACAACUUCUGGAGUUGCUGUGGUGGGUGUUUUUGUUGUUGUAACAGUAGUGGUAAUUGGCGGCUCUGUAAAUGUUGUUAGUGUGGUAGGCUUUUCUGUGGCUGGUGAAGUAGUGGAAGGUUUUGUUGUGAUUGCGGUUGUUGUGGGAUUUUCUGUGAUUGUGGCAGAACUUGUGCUGCCUUUUUCUGUAGUAAUUACAGAGGUUGUUGUGGACCUUCCUUUGGUUGUUGUUGAUGAAGUUGUAACAGUGGUUGAAGACUUACACAUAUUGAUGCAACAUUUGACUCGUAUUUCAUAGUCAAAACAAGUAAAAGGUACACUUUGAUCUUUGUUAUGACAGAUCAGUCCAUCUACUGGAUUGCAUGUUACUUUCUGAUCUAGUUCAUUCAAAGGUACGUCUUUGUAUUGUGUUGCUCUACAUUCUAUUUCCAAUGGUCUACUGCAAGUAUUUAGAUCUGGAUCGGUAAUUUUGU